AUGGCUUCUGCGCCACUUCGGGCUCAUAAUUGGGCUUUGUGGCUUCUCUUUUUCGUGUCCACUACUUGGGCAUUCUACAUCCCUGGUUACUCGGUGUCCCGGUACAAUGACGAUCAGCCAAUUCCCCUGCUCGUAAACAAGAUCUUUUCCGACCACACUCAGCUUCAAUAUGCCUACUUUGACCUCCCCUUCGUUUGUCCCCCGAGCGGCCGGACCCAUGGCGGGUCACCAUUCGGAUCUGGCCAGAGCAUCUCGCUUAACCUGGGCGAAGUUCUGCGCGGCGAUCGCAUCAUGACCUCUGAUUUUGAGCUCACCAUGGGCAAAGACGUGGAAUGCCAGUCCCUCUGCACCGCGGAAGUGAGUCGCUCAAAUGUGAAGUGGGCACGCGAACUUAUCAAGGAAAACUAUGUGAUCGAGUGGAUCGUCGACAACCUGCCCGGAGCAACGAGCUUUGUGACCGUCGACCGCAGCCGCAAAUACUAUGCCUCCGGGUUCAAGUUGGGCUACCGCGAUAUCUCCCCAGCUACUGGCCAACCGCGUUACUUCAUUAACAACCAUUUCACCAUUGUCAUCCGCUGGCGGAGCGCACCGGAGGGCGGCAAAGUCAUUGUCGGGUUCGAGGUGUAUCCUAAGAGUGUCACCGCAGAUGACCGCAAGGAGGACGGCUGCCCCAAGGCUGUGCACAAGGACAACGAGGGCCUUGGCCUGUACAUCGCGCCGAACAUGUCUCGGCUGCGGGAGAAGUAUGGCGGGCUGUCGUAUAUCCCGGAGGACGAUGACGAUGACGAUGGUGCCACACUGAAAAUCCCUUACACAUACUCCGUUUACUUCCGGGAGGAGAACAAGGUCGAUUGGGCCAAUCGCUGGGACCUGUAUUUCACUAACCAGGGGGAGGGCUCGAUGACCCACUGGCUGGCGAUUAUCAACUCCCUGACUAUUUCCACGGUGCUGGGGGUGACUGUGUUUGUCAUAUGGAGCCGCACUGUGCAAGGUGACAUCAAAGGCCGCGGUGAUGGUGCUAUGGAAGACCGUAAGCUGAAGGUGCAGUCUCGACGGAAGCGUUCUGGCGAGAAGAAAAGUGAGGGCCUUUUGGAUAACGCAGAUGUCGAGCAUGAUGCAGACAUGUCCUCGGACGAUGAGGCUUUCGAAGACACCAGCGGCUGGAAGCUUCUCCACGGUGAUGUUUUCCGUGUCCCAGCCUAUAGCGGGCUUCUGGCCCCGCUCGUGGGAUCCGGUAUGCAGCUCUUGUUUAUGGCCACGGGUCUGCUUGUGCUGUCUUGCCUGGGUAUUUUGAACCCCAGCUUCCGAGGUGGGUUUGUCAGCGUUGGCAUGGGUCUGUUUGUGUUUGCUGGAGUUUUCUCCGGCUACUUCUCUGGCCGCCUCUACAAGACCUUUGGCGGGACAGGCUGGCGAAAGAACACCUUGAUUACGGCUCUUCUUUUCCCUGGCCUGACUUUCUGCCUCGUCUUGAUCUUGAACUUAUUUGUUUGGGCCCAGGCAUCCAGCACCGCAAUCCCAUUCGGCACUCUGAUUGGCCUUCUCGCCCUUUGGCUCCUCAUUCAGGUUCCGCUUGUGUACAUCGGCAGCUGGUUCGGCUAUGUGCGGGCGAUCCCUUGGGAACAUCCUUUGAAGACCAACGCUAUUGCUCGCCAAAUUCCACCGCAGCCGUGGUACCUGCGUAGCCCUGCUGGCCCCCUGCUGACCGGCUUAAUCCCCUUUGCAGUUCUCUUCAUUGAGCUGCUCUUUGUGUUCAAGAACUUGUGGCAAGAUAAAAGUGGCUACUACUAUGUGUUUGGCUUCCUGAGCGUCGUCUCUACCGUGCUCAUCGUUACGAUCAUCGAAGUGACGGUAAUUGCUACCUACAGCCAGCUCUGCUCUGAGAAUUAUCACUGGUGGUGGCAGAGUUUCCUGACUGGUGGAAGCAGCGCCUUCUGGAUCUUUGCCUACUGUAUCUGGUAUUACAUGUUCAAGCUGCACAUUACCGGCUUUGUCUCCACACUGCUCUUCUUCAGCUACAGUUUGCUCGCCUGCGCCGUCUACGGUCUGCUGACCGGUACCGUCGGCUUCUUGGCCGCAUACACCUUUGUCCGGCGUGUCUAUAGCGCUAUCAAGGUCGACUAA